UAUCCCACUUUUAUUUAACUUUUCAUCUUCACACCACUUCAUUCCUAUACAGUAAAAAUAUAAUAUUAACACACAUACCAAAAAAAAAAAAAAAAAACAAAGAUGAGAGUAUAAGCAGUCACCCCUCUCUUGGUUGUUUGAAAAAAUAUCAUAGCAAACACAAAGCAUAACAAUGAGCGUGUGGUGGUUCAUAACAACAUUAGCUAUAACUGCUUUCUUUUCUUCCCCUGCUUAUGCUUAUGAUAGCAACCCUCUACAGGACAUAUGUGUUGCUGUUAACGACACUCAGGCUUCAGUUUUCGUGAAUGGGAAGAUUUGCAAAGACCCAAAUCUCGCAAAAGCAGAUGAUUUCUUUGUUUCAGGUCUUAAUGUUAGUGGAAGUGCAGUGCCUGGAUUUGGUUUUGCUUCAAAGUUUGUAAAUGUAAACAACAUGCCUGGACUCAACAGUCUAGGCAUAUCUAUUGCUCGUGCUGUCUUGGAACCACAGGGUCUUGUUCCACUUCACACGCACCCUCGAGCCACUGAGCUGAUGACUGUCCUGGAGGGUACUGUCUAUUCAGGAUUUCUUGUCCCUGAUGCUGUAAGCUUCUUUAAGAGUCGUCUCUUCUCCAAAAUAUUGAAUCCUGGCGACGUGUUUGUGUUCCCAAUAGGUCUUAUGCACUUCCAGUAUAAUUUGGGACGCAAAAAAGUUACUAUGCUUGCCUCUUACAACAGUCAAAAUCCUGGAAUUGUCACGAUUCCUAGUUCAAUCUCUACUUCAAAUCCACCUAUUAUUAGCGAUGUUCUUGCCAAAGGCUUCCAGCUUAGUACGACAGAGAUUGCAGAACUUCAAAAGAAAUUCUCAUAGGCUAUAUAUGCCAUUAAAAGCAUGAUUCUUAUUUUUCUGAAAGUUGUCUACAGCCGUUAAUUAGCAACUCACCACCGUCUUAUUAAAGAUCUCUAAAUACUAUUUGUUGUAUUUUUCCAGUAUUUGAUUUAUGGAAGCUGUCAUUUCCCCUAAUUUUCUUUCCUCUC